AUGGGAAUAAGUGUAGAGAACACAGAGGCGUCAGCGCUAAGUCGAUCGCGCUACACGACGACCGGAAAUCCGGCCAAUAACAACAGCAAUUCUGGCGGUGGCAACAACAGCAGCAACACUACUGCCACCAGUGGUUACUACUCGCGACCUUCACCCAGCUACACUUCCACAUCCUCCACCACUGUCGGCCCCACUACUAUCACUUCUGCAGUAUCUACUGCUCCUUCCUCUUCCUCUCGUGCUGCGGACUCGACUUUAGACUACAGGCGCCUCUACGAGGCUGAACGUCAGGACACGCAAGAACUACGAGUACAAAUCGACCGCGCUCAACAGGAGUUGAAGGAGUUGCGCGUCCAAAUUGAAGAGGCCCGUCGGUUACCAUCACAAAAGCAGCAGAAGCAAGAGGAACAAAAACAGAACUCACAGCAGCAAAACUGCAGCGAUUCAGAUCAGCGAAAUGGAUUGAACCAUUAUGCAGCCUAG